AUAAAAUACUUGCCGAAUUCAUCAGAACUAACCCAAACAGCUUAUUGCGAACUAGUUUAGUCUUACAUCAAAGUUUAUUUGUCAAUAUACCCAUGUUUUCCUUAAAUACUCAGAUAUUUGGGUGGAGUUUGGUACAUUGUGUGGUUUUGUUCGGUCUGGCCUGAAUGGAGCCCGGUGGCUCGGCAGGACAGAGAUAGCAGUGCUCUGAAACACGUGGUCGACUUUGAUAAAGUGGCUAACUUUAGCAACGUCACUUAAUGCCAUUAUCGUAGGAAGUAGUUCUGAAAGUUAGCUGAUAGCAGGUUAGCAUGGAUUCAAUCUAGAGAGUUAAACUACAUUUUAAAGCGAUAUGGAUUCAUUCUGAAGGGUGUUGCUGCUUUUAUUGAUGCUUUUAACUCCAUGGCAGCCUACGACAUUUUGAGAAGAAAUAAGACAUCCAUUGUGGACACUUUGUGUGCAGACCACCCGCGAAUCCUCAUCAAAGCUCAGGAAAAUGAGUUGAUAACUCCACGUGAGUACACAAAUCUGAAAAGUAACGACAAACUAGAUGUAGAGGUCCGCGUUGUGGCGUUGGUGGAUAAGAUCAUGGACAAAGGAGAGGACAGAUGCCAAGCCUUCCUGAACCUCCUGCAAACUGAUAAGGACAUCCAGGAGACUUACCCUAAGCUGAAGAACAUACUGGAGAAGGAAAACUGCCUCUUGCCACACCCGGUUCAGGCUUCUUCAGUUGAAAACAUCGAUAAUCAGCCAGAAAGCCGAAAGGAGGACGAGCAGUACGAGUUGAAGAGCCAGCCCACCGGCCUCUGCCUGAUCAUAAACAACAAAACGUUUCCUGGUGAUGGUAAAAAGAUACCUGAAAACGUGAGAUAUGGAACCGAUAAAGAUGCUGAAAGCUUGGCAGAGGUGUUCAGCUGGCUGGGGUUCAGAGUGCUGAUGUGUAAAGACCAAACCAAGGACCAGAUGGAGCGAGCGCUGAAAUGCUUUGCUUCUCAGUGCGACCUUUCUCAGCUGCAGGAGUUCAAGGUCCAGGAGUGGACUCGCAGCGGAUUCACCAAACUUCUAGAGGCUCCUCAGCAUGGCGAUGCCUUCAUCUGCUGUGUUCUCAGUCACGGGCGACAGGGUGUCGUAUUGGGGGUUGAUAAGCUGCCCCUCCCUAUCAAACAAAUAAAGAGAAUCUUCAUGGCAACUCGUCAAUCUCCCCUCACUGCCAAGCCCAAAGUGUUCCUGAUCCAGGCCUGCCAGGGGGGCCAGGUACAUCCUAUGGUGGUAUCAGACGAUCUGCAGGCUGAUGACUCUGACUCGACAUCCAUCCCUCAGGAAGCAGAUAUUCUAGUUCAUUGUUCCACUGUUGAAGAUUAUUUUUCUAUGAGACACCCAGUGGAGGGGAGCUGGUUCAUCCAAUCUGUCUGUAAGCAGCUAAAAGACGGCUGUGACGGGAAGGAAGAAAUUGAUCCCAUACUCCGCCGCGUGAACAAUGAAGUAGCCGGGAAACAGACUGUUGUGAAACAUGGUCCAACAACGCAGAUGGCCGAAAUUACGAACACCCUGAGGAAGCGUCUUGUGUUGACUCCUCGCAACUGAAGCCUCAUCGCCAAACACACAAUACUCACUGACUGAGGGCACCUGGCCGUCGGCACCUGAGGAGUGAAAGGCCAGAGUCUCUCUCUCUGCUGAGGAUCUGUUUGGAGAGCAGCUAUCUGAUUCAUGCUUUGGUUUACCUUCAUCUUAGUUUGGCACACACACACACACACACACACACACACACUACUGACUAACACCCCCCAUGGUGGUAGCUCUUUAGUUUAGUUGAAUGGCUCAUAAUGAAUAUCUUCCUUAUAUCAUGUCUGUUGUCGUCAUGGCCCAGAGCCAGGCCAUGACGACACACAAUGUCUGACUUAAAGGGGACCUAUCAUGCAAAAUGCACUUGUGUACGUCUUUU